UUUAGGGGAACCAAUUUUUAUGGAAUUUGAAUGCCAAAGAGGUACUAAGAUUGGUUUGAAAGAUUGUUCUAUAGAUUGUGUAGACUACUACCCCAGCAAAGAAAAAGCUGAUCCUAGUUUUAUUGAACCUUUAAAGAACCCAAAGAGUUUCACAUUUGACUCAGAGAAGCAAAAAUCAUUGUGGAGAUUGGAUGGGAAAUGCGAGGAGUCGCUCGGUGUUAAUGAGGUCCUGCCUGAUUGUCGUCGGUCUAUUACAGACCUUCCUCCGGCAUUGAUCUCAGAAAUACUUAAUUGCUUAGAACCGAAGGAGCUUGGUGUUGUUUCAUGUGUGAAUACGUCGUUGUAUCGUCUUGCUUCUGAGCACCAUGUGUGGAAGGAGUUUUAUUGUGAGAGGUGGGGCCAGCCAAUGUUGCUGGCCCCACCUUUGGGCACAGAUGAGAAGUCGUGGAAGGAGCUUUUCGUGGAUAGGGAGUUCCGUAGUAAAACAUUCAUGGGACGUUAUAGUAUUGAUACAUUGUAUGGUCAUACUGAGGCUGUUAGAACGGUUUCCGUUUUAUCUUCAAAGAAACUUGUGUUUACUUCAGGGUAUGAUCAGAUAGUACGAAUGUGGGACAUGGAAGAAGGUUUAUCUAUUGCAUCGUCUCGCCCUCUUGGCUGCACUAUUCGUGCAGUUGCAGCUGAUUCGAGGCUCUUAAUAGCAGGGGGUACAGAUGGAUUCAUACAUGGUUGGAGAGCCGAGGAUGGAAAUCCACAUCUCUUUGAUCUUAGAUCACCUCAGAACCAAAACACAGAAUUCAGAGUCUGGGAACAUGAAGGACCGAUAACAUGUCUUGCAUUGGACAUAAAUAAGAUGUACAGUGGUUCAUGGGACAUGAGUAUACGUGUUUGGGAUCGAACUUCUUUGAAAUGUCUGAAAGUUUUAAUGCAUAAUGACUGGGUUUGGAGCCUUGCUUCCCAUGAUACAACAGUGGCGAGCGUUGCAGGCUCAGGUCUUUAUGUUUGGGACAUUAAUAUUGGGUCAAAACUUGCUACUGUCAACAAUGUUCAUGCUGGUAAUGCUUUUUCUUUGGCGCGAAGUCACACUGGGAAGCUUCUAUUCACUGGAGGGGAAGAUGGAGCUAUACACAUGUUCGAGAUCAUUAGAAAUGUUAAGUUUCAUGUCAGGCGUGUGGCGACAUGGAUUCCUCACUCGGGUGCUGUUUAUUCUCUUGCAUUUGAGUUCCCUUGGCUUGUUUCAGCUUCUAGUGAUGGAAAGCUCUCGCUUAUUGAUGUGAGAAAGCUGUUGAGGACCAAUCGGAGUUAUGUGAGGGAGAAUAAAAAUAAAAAUAUAGAGCCACCUCAAAGAAUGCUACAUGGGUUUGGGAGCAAUCUGUUUGCUGUGGAUGUUGGUCUUGAUCGUAUUGUAUGUGCUGGAGAAGAAGGUGUUGUUAGGAUCUGGAACUUCUCAGAAGCUUUGGAGGUUGAGCAAAGAGUUCGAGCAUUAAGAGGACUAAGGUUAGAGAACAGAAUGAGGAGGCGUAAACUUCAGUCUGAAAUGACUGGUAAAGGUGGUCGUGCUGAUCAGUGCUCAGUUGCUGCGAAGAAGAAUCAAAUGAGUGGUGAUAGGAACAGCUGGCGCAACAAGCGUAGGGUGACCGGGAAGCUGAAGGCCUAGAAAUUAUUGCAGCUUGUCUGCAGCUUGUCUGUGUCUAUUAAGUAUGCAUUGCUGAUUGCUAAUUAUAUGCAGAAGGCAUAUCUUAAUGUUUAUGUAGAUUCUGUAGUUUUACCCAUAUCUCAUUUAUACUGGCAUUUUAAUUGAAGGAACAAGCUGUUCUUGAUAGGGCUUGUUCCCUUUGAUAACCCUUUCCUUAUUUGGUUGAUUUCCUGGUAGCUUUAUGUCACGACAAGGGCUUACCGAUGUUAAUUCCUGAUACAUUUAAAAUGCGAGAAUGUUCCGUUCGA